UAGAGCAUUACUCACAAGUGAACAGGGCUUAACUACCAAGAGGUUAGUGGGGAACUUAAACAGGUAAGACGAAUGGAUGUAUGAAGCAGCAACUACCUCUGGGCCUGAGAAGAGUCUACAAGAAGGGAGGGAGUACCUGGGAGGAGCCCUCCCCCCAACCAAGGCUGACAUCCUGACCUCACUGGGGCAGGGGCUGGGGGGCAGUGUGGUCAGCUGAGGGGCAGGGAAGUUCACGGAGGUGCCACCAGCGGGGCCGGGAAGCGGAGCACCAGCUGCUGGGUGCUGGCACUGCCCCCGGGAGGAUAUCUGCUGGCUGCGUUGUGGCAGAAGGAAGAACAAAAGCACCAGAACCAGGAACACGAGCCUUUUGUCCCUGCAGGGUCCAACCAGGGUCUCUGCCAAUAAGGCCCUGUGUACCUGCAGGCAAAAAGGAGACGUGCCCAGCGUCCCGCCCCCUCGCCACGACGCAGGGCAGAGCAGGGCAGACGCAGGAGAGACGCGAGCUGAGAGGCGGCCCGCCGAUGACUGGCCCGGGGCUGGUUGGCACGCUGCCCGCGGCGGCUCUUCCUUCCUGUCUGCCAUGUGGCCUCUUAUUACAGGAAUGCGCCACACUUUGUUGAUCUAUCCCGCUGUUGCUAGACUCCUGGGCAGUGUCUCGUUUUCUGCGGUGGUGAACAUGGCUGCUCUGGACAUGCAUGCCUGUGUCUUCUAACGCGCAUGCGCAAAGGUUUACGAGACAGUGUUACCGACGGGCGUGCAGACAGGCGUACGCACGGGUGCACAAGGGUACGGUUAUUUUCAGCCCUGGGGGUGGCUGGGCGGGGCCCACUGUGUCCAGGGCCCCACUUCCCCUUUUUACCCAAUGUGCUAACCUUUUUGCGGUUUUUCUGUCUGCCAUUGUGUAAAGAGAGUUGGGAGAUGCUGCUUCAGGGCUACGUAGGAGGGAGGCUUUGGACUGCAGGGCAUCAAAGUCCUACUUCGGUGAUAACUCCCAGUGGUCCCUCUGUUGCUGCCAGGGCUGUGUGGCAGCUGCCUGUACCCCCACCAGUGCUUGGUGUCCUGCAGACUGUCAGUCUGGUGGGCGCGCAAGCUGCCCUAGGGGCCCCCUGCCCGUCUCCCUGAAUACCCAUGAGGGCAAACAUCCUGCCGUGUAUACAGACCAUUCAUGUUUUUCCUUCCAGACUGCUUGUUCGUGUCUUUGGCUCAGUUUCUGAUUUUCCUCAUUGAUAAGUAGGAAAGAUCCCCUUUCUACAUUGUGGAUACGAUUUAUGUUUCAUCAGUCAGCGUUCCAAUGCGGAAGCUACUCUCGCCACGUCGAACUUUGAGGGAUUCCGUGUAGGGAUUUUCUGUGUAUAGAAUAAUUGGGAGGACCGGAGACCUGGGCUCUCAAUUGGGCUUUCAGAAACGACCUUUGAAACGCCCCCGCAUUGGAGGACCCUCCGUCCCAACUGCUGGCUCUCUGGAGUUACACCACUUUGGCUGAGCCUUGGGAAGCUGCCGUUGGCGUGCGGGUCCUGGGAACCGUUGUCUGGCAUCUGCAGACGGGAAGUCAGCACCAGAACUGCUGGCCGCAGAGACCACCGUGCCUGGCACGCAGCCUCUUGACUGCUGCCCACACGCGUGACCAUGACCCAGCCCCGAGGUCAGGCCUCACGCAGCACAUGUGGCCGGUGGGACCGAAGUCACACAGAAGCUGAGCUACAAACGAGCCCAGGGAGCCGAGCGGUUCUCUUUCCAGCCUCUGAAGUGCAGGAAAGCAAGGGGUGGGGUGAGGUGUGGGGAGAGCCAGCGCACCACGGCUGCCACCCCCACUCUGUCACCCCACAUUUACGUGUCCUCUUCUCGUCCCCAGACGCCCCAGCAACACAUCAACAACCACACCCAGCGACGGAGCGUCGCUCUAUUACUUGCCAACUGUUCCAUUUGCCGUCACACCCAUUUCCGGCUGUUGUUCGUUGUCCUUUGGUUCCGUCCCAAUUCCAGCUUGUCAUCCUGUAAUUUACAGGCUAAAAUAUGAGCCACCACCAGCACAGCCUCUGCCAGGCUUUCUCAACCUUGACGCUACUGACAUACUUCUUUGUCAGGGGGCUUCUCUGUGCACAGGACGAGGGACACAGUUUGGCCUCGCCGCCCACGAGAAGCCCGCUCAGACGACUCCCCGGGGCCCAUGCCUGCGCUGUGUGUAGCAUUGAGAGGCGUAGCAGGGUCCGUCUGUUUGUCCAUCUUCCAGACGGUCAGCCCAGGCACCUGGCCCUCUCCCCGGCCUCACGAAGCCCCCAACUUGGCUCAGGACCGCUGGCGACAGACUCUCCGGGUUCCUUGGCACCGCCCUGCUCGGGUGACACUAUCGCCCGUGGUUCUCUCACGUUAGGGGGCGCUAGCUGCCUCACCCCGCCCGCAGAGGGCCGAGCCCACCGCUCUGGUCGGUGUGGGAAAGGGUCCUGCGCCCGCAGCUGGAAUCCCGGACCAUCGGGUCUGGGAGGGGCGGUGCGUCUCUCUCGGUCCCGCCUCGGGGGCGGAGCCGAGGUCCGCGCAGACCGAGUCCCAGACCCCAGGAAAUUGGUCUGCGACUCCCUCCUCCACUCACGCCUGUUCCCUCCCCUUUCCGAGAGACCGAUCCCCCACCCUCGGUCCGCGCUGGUGCGGGUGCGGCGCACCCCUGUGCCCCGCCCCGCUCUCCCACCCAGGCUCAUCCCGCUGGACUGCCAUGGAGCGAGGAGACACCCCGCAGGACAGGUACCACCUGGUUGGGAUCAGCUUCUUUAUCCUUGGGCUGGGCACUCUCCUUCCCUGGAACUUCUUCAUCACGGCCAUCCCGUACUUCCAGGGGCGGCUGGCGGUGGCCAAUAGCACCAACGGGACCUUGGGGACCAACCACAGUGGCCCUGCAGACGCCUUCAACUUCAACAACUGGGUGACGCUGCUGUCCCAGCUGCCCCUGCUGCUCUUCACGCUUCUCAACUCCUUCCUGUACCAGUGCAUCCCUGAGACGGUGCGGAUUCUGGGUAGCCUGCUGGUCAUCCUGCUGCUCUUCGCCCUGACGGCGGCGUUGGUCAGGGUGGACAUGAGCCCCCGACCCUUCUUCUCCAUCACCAUGGCCUCCGUCUGGUUCAUCAACUCUUUCUGUGCCGUCCUGCAAGGCAGCCUCUUCGGGCAGCUGGGCACCAUGCCUUCCACCUACAGCACCCUCUUCCUCAGCGGCCAGGGCCUGGCUGGGAUCUUCGCUGCCCUUGCCAUGGUCAUGUCCAUGGCCAGUGGUGUGGAUGCCCAGACCUCUGCCCUGGGGUACUUCAUCACGCCCUGUGUGGGCGUCCUCGUAUCCAUCGUGUGUUACCUGAGCCUGCCCCACCUGGAGUUCGCCCGCUACCACCUGGCCAAGAAAUCAUCGCUGGCUCAAGGUCGGGAGCUGGAGACCAAAGCAGAGCUCCUCCCGUCUGACGAGAAGAACGGGAUUCCCAACAGCCCUCAGAAGGCAGCCCUGAUUCUGGAUCUGGACCCCGAGAAGGAGCCACAGCCGGAGCCGGAGGAGCCCCAGAAGCCAGGAAAACCUUUGGUUUUCACCGUCCUCCGAAAGAUCUGGCUGGUGGCGCUGUGCCUUGUGUUGGUCUUCACAGUCACCCUGUCUGUCUUCCCCGCCAUCACAGCCAUGGUGACCAGCUCCGCCGGUCCCGGGAAGUGGAGUCAGUUCUUCAACCCCAUCUGCUGCUUCCUUCUCUUCAACAUCAUGGACUGGCUGGGGCGGAGCCUGACUUCCUACUUCCUGUGGCCCGACCAGGACAGCCGGCUGCUGCCCCUGCUGGUAUGCCUGCGCAUCCUGUUCAUCCCGCUCUUCAUGCUGUGCCACGUGCCCGAGAAGUCCCGGCUGCCCGUCCUCUUCCGGCAGGACGCCUACUUCAUCACCUUCAUGCUGCUCUUUGCCGUUUCCAACGGUUACCUGGUGUCCCUCACCAUGUGCCUGGCGCCCAGGCAGGUGCUGCCCCACGAGAAGGAGGUGGCCGGUGCCCUCAUGACGUUCUUCCUGUCCCUGGGGCUGUCCUGUGGAGCCUCCCUCUCCUUCCUCUUCAAGGCGCUGCUCUGAAGGUCCCGGCCGGGGCUCCACCAACAGCUCUCUCCUCUCCGCCCGGCCGGCACGGAGACCCCAGCCCGGAGGGUUGGCGAGCCGAGCUCCAGGUCUGCGGGUGCUGGGACGAGGCGGGUGCUGUCUCCUCCCCGGGCUGCUGGCGGCCCCCCCGGGGGUACUGCAAGGGAGAAUUCACCACCGGUCAUUCCAACCCUCGCCCAGGACGGAGGCGACACCCAGAGACAGGCUACUUAGGCACACACGAGAGCUCCUCGAAAGGAGGGCAGUCAGGGAAAAGAGGGCCAAGGGCCGUCAGGAGCGCAUGUACACGUCCAUCACAAGAAACAAACCCGCUCGUCGAGGGGCACCAGAGGCCACAGGCAGCCACUGGCUGAGGGAGUGGCUGCUGGGCCAGCCCAGGGCAGGAGCUCGGUGGCAGCCCUGCGGUCAAGCCUCGGACCCCAGGACAGGAUGCCAGGGAGGCUGAGGGGAGCAGGGAGAAGGAAAAGGCGUCAGGGGGCUGAGGGCACUCCAAGGACCCUCUGGGCCUCAAACAGUGUUUUUGCCUGCCUGCGUGCACUGUGCCACGCAGCUGGCAAAGCCCUCCCACCCGCUUUCUCACAAAGUGGAGCUGAGGCCCUCAGAAGGAGCCAGGCAGGGACUGUACCUGCCCCCCUUCAUACAAGGUAAGGAAACUGAGUCCCGGGGGAAGUGACCAGUCUGUGGCAGAGCCGGGACCCAGCCCCCACCUCCCUCCUCGUAGGUGCUGUUCUUCCCACCCAUUCCUGCUUCUCUUCCUCAGGGGGCUCAAGGCAGAGCUCCAGGCACUUACUCCACCCUUUUUUUUUUUUUUUUAAAUACAGUGGGGCAGCAGGGAGAAGGAGGGAUCAAAACAGCACGGUGAGCCCUGAUCGGUGUGGUUCAGUGGGUUGGGCAUGGUCCGCAGAGGGAAAGGUCACCAGUUUGGUUGCAUCGGGGCACACGCCUGGGUUGCGGGCCAGGUCCCUGGUUAGGGGCAUGCGAGAGGCAACUGAUCAAUGUUCGGGGUCUGAACCCCCCAUCGCAGGCAUGUACGCUGACCGGGAAUUGAACCGGCAACUUUGUUUUGUGGGGCAACGCCCAGUGAAGGGCUCAUUCCACCUUUUUGUUGUUUUCCUCUCUGACCCUGCCCCUGGGUCUAAUAACAAUCCUCUUCGUUUGUAUAAUGAAUUCA